AUGAAAGGGGACGGCGAUAACAACCCGACGCACGUCGAGGAUGGCGAGGUUGGUAAGAACCAAACCAACCUAGGCCUUGUCGACAACGAAGUUGCCCAGUACGUUGGUGGGAAUAGAGUUCAUAUCGACGAUGCCGAGAACAAGCGACUCAAGAGGAUGAUUGACAAGAGGAUCCUUGUGGUCAUGAUUGUUACGUACUUCACACAGUCACUCGACCGAGGAACCAUGUCUUUUGCCUCCAUUAUGGGGAUUAUCGAUGAUACGAAGCUUGGACACAAUCAAUAUUCGUGGUUCACAACUAUCAUGUAUCUGGUUGUGUUGGUUGCAGAAUAUCCAGAGAACUGGAUCCUUCAGCGCGUCCCAAUCGCAAAGUGGCUUUCGAUUAAUGUUAUUCUUUGGGGAGCCGUCCUCGCUUUGCACGCGGUCGGAUCUAAUUUCGGCGGCCUUCUUGCCCUUCGUGGUCUGUUGGGGCUGUUUGAGACUGUGUGUCAACCAGCCUUCGUUCUUCUCUCGUCAACUUGGUACAAAAAGGAAGAACAGGCCAGCACGAUUAUAUAUUGGUACAUGAUGAACGGCUUGCAGCAGAUUUUGGGCGGCCUAGCCGCAUUCGCCUUCUCCUUCGUUCCUCACGACUCCCCAAUCAAGUCUUGGCAAGCUUUAUUCAUGACAUACGGAAUUGCGACGGUUUUCUGGGGCUUCUUUGUCCUCUUUUGGAUGCCUGAUUCCCCGAUGAAGGCCAAGUGUUGGUCUGAAGAGGACAAGAAACUGAUGAUCGAGCGAGUCCGCGAAAAUCGUACUGGUGUACAGAACCGUGUUUUCCGCAAGGAGCAAAUAUACCAUGCAAUCGCAGACCCUCAAGUUUACGCCUUUGCUCUGAUUCAAGUAUGCACAACACUACCUUCGGGCGGAAUUGGUGCAUAUGCCAAUAUUCUGGUCAAGUCAUUCGGGUUCUCAACCUGGGAGACACAACUCCUCCAGAUGCCAAUUGGAAUUGUUAUGUUGACCGUGAUGUUAACAUCCGCCUGGGCUGAGCGGAAGUUCAAGCAAACGAUUCUCACCAUGAUGCUUGGUCUGCUGCCAACAAUUGCUGGUGUUGUGGUUCUCAUCUCCGUGCCAUUUCACAUCGACAAGAGGGUCGGGCUGCUAAUCGCCUACUACAUCAUCUACUCCUUCUGGACAUGCUCUGGCCUGGCGCUAUCCCUCGUCUCCAGAAACGUGGCUGGUCAGACGAAGAAAACCGCUGUCAUUGCCAGUAACUUCGUCUUCUGGGCGGUGGGCAACGCCAUUGGCCCCCAAUGCUUCCGGGACCAGGAUGCUCCUCGAUAUUUUCUUGCGCUUUCCAUCAUCUUGGGUUGCUUCGUCUUUCUCGAGGUUGUUCUCUUUGCGCUCCGAACCUAUUAUAUCUGGAUCAAUAAGCAGCGAGACGCAAAGGUUGCUAGCGGAGAAGUCGUCGAUGACGUUAAUUUCGCCCACGCUUUUGAGGAUAUCGCUGAUAAUGUAAGACCUAAACAUCUCGAACCGAAUGGCUAA